AUGUCGUCUUCAACGGAAUCCUUCGAUAAGCCCCAGACGGAGGGGGCUUUAGCCCAGAACGAGAAGUCUGUUUUGGCCCUUUCGGAUGCAGACAAGGAGACUCUUGUGGCAGACCUUGCAGCCAAACAUGGUAUCAACCACCGCAAGCUGAUGUGGAAAAUCGAUCUUUGUGUCGUUCCUCCAUUCUGUUUGCUUUAUUUCCUCGCCUUCUUGGACAGAGUCAACAUCUCCAACUCCAAGGUGUAUGGCCUUGAGGCUGACCUCGGUCUUGUGGGAAACCAGUUCAACACUGCGUUGACGGUUUUCUUCGUUCCAUACGUCUUCUUCGAGAUUCUGUCGAAUUAUGCCAUGAAAUUUGUGAAACCUCACAUUUGGCUGAGUUUGUGUAUCUUUUUCUUUGGUAUCGUGACGAUCGGCAUGGGAUUUGUCACCAACUUUGGUGGACUUGUGGGCACUCGUUUCUUGCUCGGUAUCUUCGAGUCUGGUUCGUUCCCAGCCCUUUUCUACAUCCUUGCCAACUUUUACACCAAGCUUGAAUCUCAGAGAAGAUUCUCGUCGUUUUUCUCCACCACAUGUCUUGCUGGUGGGUGUGCCGGUGCUCUUGCCUACCGUAUCCACGACCUCGAUGGAGUUCAUGGAAUUGCCGCAUGGCAGUGGAUUUUCAUCAUCGAGGGUGCAAUGACUGCUGGUCUGUCUGUUGUUUUGUAUCUCACGAUCGCUGAUUUCCCUGAAGAGGCCAGAUUCUUGAACGACAACGAGCGUGCAUUCAUCCGUGAGAAGUUGGCCAUCUACGCCGGUGACUCAGGAUACGAUCUCAAGCUCACUCCAAAGGAUAUUGGUUCCGUCUUCAAGGACCCCAUGUUGUUCAUCUGUGGAUUUGCUUACUUUGGUCUGAUUAUUCCUUCCUACGGUUACGCAUACUUUGCACCCACAAUCAUCAAGGGUCUGGGCUACACCGCCAUGGAGGCCCAGCGUCACUCCAUCUAUCCAUGGAUUGUGGCUUUCGGUUUCUCCAUUAUUUCAGCAUUUGUUUCUGACAGAGUAGCUCUUAGACUGCCAUUUGCUAUUUUUUCCUCUCUCAUUGCCAUCGUUGGUUUGGCUAUUGUCAUGCAGGGAGGAUCCAACAUGAACCUGAAAUACGGUGGAUGCUUUCUGACUGCCAUGGGAUGCUACAGUGCCAUGCCUGCUAUUGUGUGCUGGUUCUCGCUCAAUUUUGCUGGACACUUGAGAAAGUCCGUUGGAACUGCAUAUGUGGUUGGUUUCGGUAACAUUGGUGGUAUCAUAUCGCCAUGGGUUUUCCCUAACGGUGACGCCCCCAACUACAAGAUGGGAUUAGCGGUCUGCAUUGCCUUCGUUGCCUUUUCUAUCGUUGUGGACUUGGCAUACUUUGCCCUGGUGCUCUAUAGGAAUAAGCAGAAGGCGACGCCUGAAUACAGACAGAAAUGGGAAGAUGACCUGACUGAGAGACAGAGACUCUUGAAGGCUGAUUUCCAUCCGGAUUUCAAGUACCUCUAUUAG